AAAAUAUCCCUGUUUACUUCCGUGUUUAGCGUUCUAGACAGUUUUCGUUUCGGAACAGCAACAUGGUUCGGCUGAAAACAAAACGUUCCUGUAAACUGUUACAUCAAACUAAUUCACCUUCAUGUAAAUUAUCAUGUAGUCAACUUGUCCAACCACUCCUGUCAAUAAUAUUAGUCAGCUCCAUCGCAGGUUCUGCUGUAGCAGAAACAGAGACAGGCGUCCUGACAAUAACAGAUGCUAACUGGAUGGUCACUAUGGAUGGAGAGUGGAUGAUAAAGUUUGUUGCCCCCUGGUGCCCGGCGUGUGCCCAGCUGAAGGAGCAUUGGGAGAGAUUUUCCAGCCUGGCAGCAGCCAUGGGGGUUUCUGUAGGAGAAGUGGACGUCACAGAACAGCCUGGUCUCAGUGGACGGUUUUUGGUUACUACACUGCCAACCAUUUUCCAUGUAAAGGAGGGUAGCGUGAGGAGGUAUGUGUCUGUCCGUGAGGCGGAGGAGUUCCAUGCGUAUAUAUCUAACAGGAGGUGGGAGGAGGUGGAACCACUGCCUUCAUGGAAGUCUCCUACUUCUCCUCUGAUGAGCUGCAUGGCCGGACUCUUCAGGCUUUCACUGUGGAUCAGGCGGACUCAUGGGUAUCUGACGGGGGAUUUGGGCAUGCCGGUGUGGGGCUCCUACCUCUCAUUUGCCAUGGCAACACUUGUCACUGGGCUGCUGAUGGGACUGGUACUGGUCCUGGUUGCAGAUUGCCUCUGUCCUUCCCGACAGAAGCGGAAAGAGGAGAGAGCAGGAGUGUGUGUGAGUAUGGCGGAGGAGAGGCAAGCGUCAGACGCAGAUGAGGUUGAGGGGUCUAACGAGGAGGAGGAGCCAGAGACACUGAGACAGAGGAGAGGACAGGCAACAUGCACCUCCUAACCAGGGGUUGGAACCUACAUUAUUUUCCAUUAGUUUUGUUCUGUACAGAACCAUUAUUUUUUAUGUUCCAUUCCACUGUUUUCCGACCAGCAAAAUAAAGUUCUGAACCGGUUUA